CAGUAGAAAUAAGACAUAAUUCUGUCAUUUUUAUUGGGAGUCAAUAUAGGAGCGCUGUUGAAAUCCAACUGCCUAGGUCCAUCUGAACCCUCUGACAUGAUCCCAUACGUUCAGUUUAUGUACAAAAGCCCUGCUCAUAAUGUUAUGAAGUCAAAGUUCUGUUUCAAUUUGCCUGUUUCAGUUCGAUUUCACCUCAGAUAAGAAAAAGACAAAGUACGAUGUAUGUUGAACAUGGACAGAAGGGAGGUGGGAUGGAUCUGGAGGGGAUUGGUCAGUCAGCAUGGACAGAAACCUUAUAAACCGUCUCAACAUCCUUGAGAUCUGCCUUGUUGAAGUGGAGGGAAAGAAAACAAUCCAGCUCGUCUCAUAUUUCAGCCAUGAGUGGAUGUCCUUAUUUUCAGAAGAAAUUUGUGUCAAGCAGUAAGCAGCAUCUGAAAGAAGAUGAGAAUGAUGAUUCUCAGACUGGAGUUAAUAAGGCCAGCAAAGGAGGUAUUAUGUACGGUGACUAUCUGCAGCUGGAUAAAAUAGUGACAUCUCAGGUGCUUCAAAGUGAGCUGAAGGGAAACAAGAUCCAUGACGAACAUCUGUUCAUCGUCACACAUCAAGCAUAUGAACUGUGGUUUAAACAAGUUCUGUGGGAGCUGGACUCAGUGAGAGAAAUCUUCAUCAGUGGACAUGUACGUGACGAGCGAAACAUGCUCAAGGUCAACACUCGCAUCCACAGGAUUGUGAUGAUAUUCAGAUUGCUGCUUGACCAGUUCGCUGUUCUGGAAACCAUGACUGCCUUAGACUUCUAUGACUUCAGGGAAUAUCUCUCACCUGCUUCAGGCUUCCAGAGUCUGCAGUUUCGAUUGUUGGAAAACAAGAUUGGGGUCCCGCACAACCAGAGGGUCCCCUACAACAGAAGGCAUUAUCGGGACAAUUUCCGUGACCGGGAAAGUGAGCUGCUCCUCCAUUCAGAGCAGGAGCCCACGCUGCUGCAGCUAGUGGAGCAAUGGCUGGAGAGAACGCCCGGCUUGGAGGAAGAUGGCUUUCAUUUUUGGGGGAAACUGGAAAGCAGUAUUUUUGAGGGGUUCAGGAAAGAGAAGGAAAAAAUAGAGAAAAAAACAGCCUCCGAGAUGAAAGAGGAGAUGAUGGCCGAGCUCAGUAAGCAGAGAGAUAUUUUCUUAUCGCUCUUUGAUGAGAAAAGACAUGAUCACUUAGUAAGCACAGGUCAGAGGAAGCUGUCUUAUAAAGCACUGCAAGGAGCACUGAUGAUCUACUUCUACAGGGAGGAGCCUCGAUUUCAGGUUCCUUUCCAGCUCCUGACAUCUCUGAUGGACAUCGACACCCUCAUGACAAAAUGGAGAUACAACCAUGUGUGUAUGGUGCACAGAAUGAUUGGCAGUAAAGACGGCACGGGUGGCUCAUCAGGCUAUCAGUACCUGCGCUCCACUGUCAGUGAUCGCUACAAGGUGUUUGUGGAUCUGUUUAACCUGGCCACCUUCCUGGUCCCGAGAGAGUGGGUUCCCAAGCUGGACCCGAGUGAGCACCGCUUCCUGUACAUGGCUGAAUGCUGCGACAGCUCCUACUGCAGCAGCAGCAGCGAUGACUCAGACUAAACAGAUGGAGGGAUGAGGAAAGGAGGUAUACAGAAGAAGAAAAACGCUUCCCAUCACCAAGAUUUAUGCCACCAAAAACUUUUUAAAUGACAGAAUAAGAGGAUACAAAGUUGUGCUGAUUUAACAGAAGUUCUAGAAUAUGAAUUGAAAAGUUUUGAAUAUGAAAAGUCAAUUUAACAACAGUGUCAACAAAAUAUCUACAUCAGUAAAACUGUUGAUGCACUUGUGUAUAUACUGUCAAUAUAAUAUAUUUUAAUAUGUAAUAAACUGAUUUCCAUUUUGUAAAUAAAAUACACACAUAUAGAGAAACGUCUUGUUUAUUUGAAAAAAAAAAUGUUUUUUGUCAAAAUGUAAACUUUAGAUAGAAUAGGGUUUAUAUGUGACUCUGGAUCACAAAAGUGUCAAAUUGUUUUUAUUGAGAUUUAGAUAUAGAUAGAUGUAUCUGUAAGCUGAAUAAAAAAGCUUUCCAUUGAUGCAUGGUUUAUUAGGAUCGGACAAUAUUUGGUCGAGAUGCAUCUAUUUGAAAAUCUGGAAUCUGAUGGUGCAAAAUAAAAAAGAAAGAAAUCUAAAUACUGAGAAAAUUGCUUUUUAAGUCGUCCAAAUGUAUUCUUAGCAAUGCAUAUUAUUAAUCAGAAAUUAAGUUUUGAUAUAUUUACUGUAUGACAUCUACAAAAUAUCUUUUUUUUUUUUUUUGGCUAUUGCUAAAAAAUAUACCCCAUCGACUGAAGACUGGUUUUGUGGUCCAAGGUCAUAUAUUUACAUUUAGCAGACGCUUUUAUCCAAAGCGACUUACAAAUGAGGACAAUAGAAGCAAUCAAAAUCAACAAAAGUAAGCUUAAUGCAGUACACAUAGCAAGGUUUUUAAAAUUAUAUAAUAAAAAGAAAACAAAAAAAAAAAAUGAUAAAAAGAUAGAAUAGGAAAAAAAAAAUAGAACAAGCUAGUUUUACGGGACGUUUUUCCUUUUGUUUAUUGUAUAAUAAAUAAAAAAGAAAACAAAUAGAAUAAAAAAAAGAUUAGAGCCUAGUGUUAGUUUCUUCUUUUUUUUUAAAUAAAACAAGCAGUUAGUAAAAAGAGUGCAAGUCUAAAACAGACAUGCUUCUUUUAAGAACAGAAUUAGAAUAGAGUGCUAGAGUUAGAUUUGUAGAUAGUUAUAUACUAUACGUGAUCAUUUCUGAUUCUUUUUAAAAUGCAUUAGCAAAUGCAAAACUGUAAAACAGAAACAUUGUAGUUAAAAAUGUUUAUAAAAGCAGACAUUUUUAAUAUCUGGUACAUACUGUAGUAAUAAGCAUGUUUUCUUUCAAAACUCUUAGGGUUGUAAUCAGUAUUCAUGUAUAAUAAUAUUUUCACAUUUUUGCAGAAGUGUUCACUUGUGUCCUAUAUCAGUGCAAUGUCACAAUACAAUACGUGUUCAGUUGAGCACUUGUAUUCACUAACAUUGUUUUCUACAGACUAAAACAUCCUUCUGGACAAAUCCAGACGGCGUGUGUUGCAUAACUAAAAUAGAAUCCGGCUCUGACUGUGAUUAUUUUGGGCUACAGUGGCUGGGAUUAGGAAUGUGGUGUAUUAGCUC